UCAAAAUUUUUGUUGAAGUUCACACCAGCUGAUUUCCACUAAGUUGUUGUUUUAUAGUUAAAAAAUCGCAAUUUCUCAUGAUGAAUUUGUUAAAUCGAGCUGGUGAACUACCUAAUUACUAUGUAAUGUAAAAGUAAAAGCUAAAAUCAAAUGUAAAAAACAAGGGAAACAAUGAAUCCGCAAUGUUUCUUAAUAAACUUGAACAGGGCUACAAUGCACAAUGCCAACAUGAACAUCGAACAAAAACCUACUGCAGCGAAGGAGAAGCUCAUGUCCUACGAGGAGAAAUCGGUAGGGUCCACCCCAUUUUUCAAAUGUGAAGCCUGUCCUUACAUGGCGCUCGCCGAGGACGAUAUAAAGUUUCACCUGUUCACUGUGCACCCAGACCUAGCCAAGAGCAACGGGCUCGCAGACAACAUACAGAUCCCAUGCCCGGGCUGCACCAGCAUCUUCGACGCCGAGGAAACUCUGAGAACUCACUUGCGGAACCAUCACAAAAUGGGUAUCAAAGACAUAAAGAAAAUGGUAAAGAGUCUAGUCCAAAUCGCUCUGAAAAACGCCAAAUUAAAAAAAGAAGAAAAGACUAAUGAUACCCCUCCCCCUCUGCCCAUACAGCAGGUAGUAACAGACAUGAAGAUUCCCCAAGUGAUUGAGAUUAUCCCUGAUGCAGUUAAUGCUAACAACCAAUUGCCUGAAGGUGUUGCUUUCAUAUCAGUUGAUGAGCUGAACAAAAUGAGCACUCCAAACUUUGAGAAAGUUGACCCGAAGAAUUUAAUUCAAGAAGCCAGUAUAAAUAUUGUGUACACAAAUGAAGUAUCAACUCAGUAUGUUAAUGUGAGUGAAGCAGGGGCCUCCAGUGCUAGCCAUAAUGUUGUCCAGGUGUCUAACAUUCCCCCAGAUCUGAUAUCAUCAGUGCAGCCAAGGAUAGCAGCUUUGCCAUCUACAAACGCAAAUCCUGCAAACUUGCCAUCUCCUAUCUCGAAAACAAAGGAAGAUGGAUUAAUUUCAGAUAGAUCUGCUGAAGUGAAUGACAAUAGCAUAGAAGAGGUAAAAGAAACUGGCGAGGCAUGUCCACUUUGUCCUGUACAUCUUGCAGAUGAGAAGAAUCAAGCGUACCACAGGAAGUGCCAUCAAAACGGUCACUUGGUGUGUCCAGAAUGUAAGANUUCGUUGGCGAGAGCUUUUGUGGCGGUUGAUGCUCUUCAUAACCAUUUAUGGAAAAUACAUAACAUAGAUCUGGAACUGCCGACGUGUGAAGUGUGUGGAUUCAAAACAUACAAAAAAUAUAGACUCUUCAAUGUCCAUAUGAAAUGCCAUGGGAAUGUGAAAAACUAUAUUUGCUCAAUAUGUUCAAAACCGUUCAAGAACGCCAACCAACUGUCGAAGCACAAGCAGAUCCAUCGGAAAGAGAAGAAGCAAUGCUCCGUCUGCAAACUUGAGUUCAGUACUCCGCGGCGCAUGGAGCUACACAUGGCGGCCGUGCACGACAAGCUGCGGCCCUUCAAGUGCUGCCACUGCGACUACACCGCCGCCAGGAAGGCCGAGAUGGCGCUGCACUUGCGCUCGCAUACCGGUGUGAAGCCCUACGCGUGUAAUCAUGGCGACUGCACCUACAGAUCCGCCGAUCACAACGCAAUGCGACGCCACAAGAAAACGCACUCCAAAGAGAGCGUCUACCAGUGCAAGUACUGCCCAUACACCGCCAUCCAAUCAACCGUGUUCGCGGCGCAUAUGCUCUCGAAACACCCCAACGUUAGCUCAAACCAACUCCACCAGUGCCCCUACUGCCCCUUCAAAACAGUCAACAAAGACAAAUUCCUCGUCCACCUCUCCACUCACUCGGACAAAAAGGAAAUCCAGCUCCUACUCGAAAUGAACGCCAAAUCAAAUAAACCGAGCUGGACGAUACCGAGCAAUGCGGAGCCAGAGAAAAACCCGACACAAGACUCCACUCCCAAUAAACAGAGUGACGAAACUAACGCCAUAGAAGUGUUCGAUUGCGACAGCAUAUCCGAGAGCUUGCCGCAAAACUACUCAAAAAGCUACUGUAACACAUCCAGCGGCGACGUCCCCCAACCCGACUAUAACUCACAAGUGAUCGUGACGGAUCUCAGCAAAGAUGACAACAAUUCAGACUGCUUAAUCUCCGAGAGCUCAAACGACACCAUGAUGGAAAGGCACCAGUAUCCCUCGCAACACACCUUGCAGUUGCCUUACGAUAACACGCAGUCGAAUCUCCACGGGUUCCUGAAUACAUCGGUAUCAAUGAAACCGACAUUCCUCCAAAAUAAUGACGUGAAUUCUCUCGCUGCCAGUCACACCUCGAUGGGGAAUAAUUGCAAUAAAAUCAUGGGAAAUUUCCCCAUUAGGUUACCCCCAGUGCCGCAAAUAUCCGUUCGAAACAAUAUAAUGCUGAAGCCCGUAGAUAAGCUCUCUUUGCCUAUUACAAAAGUGACAGGCCCCAUAAUAACGCCAACCCAGAUAUUACCCGUUCCAUCUUCGAGUAACUCGCCAGUAAGCAUCCAACUAGAACCUGACGGAAUGCCAAGAAAAAAGCCGAAGAUAUCCGUGAAAAGCAACUUGAUAUUGAAAGGUCCAGAUCAAGAAAAUAUGUUCCAUUCGCAGCAAAAGAUGGCGUUCAAAAGGCUGGAGGAUAACGAGAGGUUCGGGUUAGGAAGCCCCAUGACCUUCAACAAUCUCAUCACCACUCAUACCAUGAUGGCGUAUUCGGAAGACAAUAUGCUAGGGGAUUCGGCGUCCACUCCCGUUGGCAAUGAAAUGAAUGACAACUCCCAAAUAUUUACAUUCAACCAGCAAAUGAAUGUUAAUUCCAUUACUAUGCUCCCUCCGCCGGAGAAAAUUCAAACAAACGAUCCCAGUUACAUCAAGCUGGAGGCGACUAUAAAGCAGAACACCCAGUCGCCGAGUCUCGAGCGCAUGUGCAACGCCAACAUCCUCGGCAGCCAGGCCAUCAGCCACGAGUACAAAGCCUCCCCGCCCCUUGAAGACAUACACAAAAAUAUGAGCGAAAUAAAAAACGAGGUGAAAUCCGACGCUUUUUACAACCUACCGCUGAACAAUACCGCGACGAACCCGUCUAUAUUAGACCAGUAUUUGUUGGACAACAUCAUAGGUGGGCAUAUGGAUUUGUCUUCGGUGGUUCUUCCCGAAGUCUCUGAUGAACAGACUGACGUCAUCGAGAUCGAUGAUAAUUCGGACGACAACAAGUUGCUGCCGCGAUUCGACAUGAACUUCCCUCUCGAGUCUUUGUAUGUGAUGCACAAUGAUUUCCACUUCUUAGAAAAUGAUGUUCCCGCAAAUAACAUGCCUGAAGUUGCUGUGAGCGAAAUGAACAGAAUAGUAACGGAGAUGCCUAUUAUCAACCAAAAAGACAAUUUAGAUAUCGUUCCUCCCGAUAACUCGAAUAACGACUUCCAAAACUUUAUACAGGGCAAAAAGGAUCCUAUGAUGAAUACGUCAGUGAGACCGUCUACUAAUAAAAUAAAUGUUAAAAAUAUUGAAUUAAUGAAAAAUUGAUUAUUGUAAGUUGUUUAAUGUAGAAAUAUGUAAAUAUUACAUAACUUUGUAUGUGUAUAUGCAUUUAAAAGACUGUUAUCUAUAAAUACAAUAUUAUGUUGAACAUUUUAUUGGAAUGAUGCCUUGUUAUUUAUAAACAAUUUCUGGAAUA